GAAGCGCUUUUUUCCGGAUACUCAGCUUUCGUCAAGCUAUUUUUGUCUGAAUAUAUCUGACUUAUAGAAGCCAUGAACUCAUUGCUCAGUUCAUUUCUCGUCAUUGUCGGGAUUAGUCUUGUAAGCUCCAAAUAUUCAUGUUAUCAAUGCGUAUCUACUAGCGAUAAUGAGGGAGACUGUAGUGAGAACGAUCUCGAGAAAUUGGCCCCGUUCAAUAAGCCAUGCCCUACCCUAGAAGAAGGCACAUACAAGGGCUCAGAAGCUAAAGGUUGUCGAAAAAUAAUCCAGACCGUAGAAGCAAAGAAAUCAGUCAUUCGUGAGUGUGCAUAUACUGGAGAGACUGUAGAUGGACAAAAGAAGACCGGUAACUGGGGUAUCAAUAUGUACUACUAUCAAUGUGAAAAUUCGGGUAAAGAACCAUGCAACAGCUCUCGACAAACAUUGGCUAGCGCACUCUCAUUGCUGCUAAGCUUGACGGCUCUGCUCUUUCUCUAGGACAGAGCCCAAAUUUGAAUCUGCUAGGAAUCGUCUUCGUAGUGAUCUUCUCGAAAUUGUUGAACAUUUUGUUUAUACAAAAGAGAGCAGGUGAUCGAUGAUAUUGAAAGUGCCCAAUAUCGAUUUGCAUUUGUUUUUCCUUUAUGUUUCUAUGAAAUUAUCAUUGUUUGUUGCAUCUUC